CUCCGGGCUUCAUGGCUGCAGGAUGGACUCGCGUCAGCAUCGGCAGCGUCUUUUCUCCCUGUUGCCACCGGGGACUCUUCAUCGACCAUCAAGUCUGGCGGGAACCGGCCGAGGCUCCUCUCCGAUGCGCAACGUCCACCCGCCGAGAUGGUGCCGUUUGAUGGUCUGUUUUAAGGUCUGUCGGUUGGUAACGUGCGCGUGCACAGCGGCACCAGAAAGACGUCUGCUUUCAGAUGUAGAGUCUCGUGUGCUUGUUCGGUAUAUUUUUUUUAGGACACACAGUUGGGGACCUAACGUGUUCCUCAGCUGGCGCUAUCAGAAGCUGCGUCUCCCUUUAUGGAAAGUAGCUGCUGGGUUGUUCGAUGUCCGGUUCAGGGACUCCUUUGUAGUCCGAUGCAAACCAAACCAAACCUUUUGGGCUGCUAAAAAUAAAGUCACAUCAUCAUCAUCACACCUGCUCAUCUAACACUGCUUCGCUGUCGCCGGCAGACGUGGAAGGGAAACGCAAACCCUGCAGUUUAAUGUUAUUAUUAUUCAAGGACACGUCCCCUGUACCUUCCGCUGUUCUUCCCGACACAUCGGGGCAUCAUCAGCCGACUCCCUCGUCUCCGGCUCUGAGCGCUGCUCUGCAUGACGCACGCCUCCACAGCGCCGAGACUCACACUUACCCUCAACAAAGAUGCAUCCAUCUGCUGCGGGGGUUUCAGGCCUGCAGAGCAGCAGGGUGAAGGGACUUUUCAAGAAGGCUGUGAGGGCCCCUCGCGUCCCUCUCUAGAGACGGCAGUGGAGAGGUCGGAGGUCACUCGCACGUCAAUGUCGCUCACUCCGAGUCGAAAGCCCGCUUCAUCCUCAGGUCAGCGCAGGCGCUCCGUUGGCACUGGAAGCGGCGGCGGGCAAUGUUCCCACAGCGAUACCUCCAGUACACACACCUACCCCGGUCGGGUCGGGGCAGCAGAGGGCAGCCCCACAGCUCGGACACAUCCGAGCACACCCAGGCGACAAGCAAAGCAAACAGCCUGCAGCGACAACCAUGGGAUCCGGCCCCCCACCCCGGAGCAGUACCUUACCCCUCUGCAACAAAAGGAGGUGUGUAUACGACAUCUGCGAUCCAGGCUGAGGGACAACGUGGAAAGACUACAACACAGAGACUGUGAACUCGAUGAGUUGAGGACUCGGCUGUACAGGAUGCAGGAGGACUGGAUAGAGGAGGAAUGUCACCGCGUGGAGGCCCAGUUGGCGCUGAAAGACGCCCGCAAGGAGAUCCAACACCUUCAGGAGGUGGUUUACAAAGUGAAGUCCAACCUGAGUGCCCGCGAACAAAACCCCCACGACCACAAGCCACACCCGGGGCUGCAGGGAGCUCGGCAAGGGGGCAGGUCUCGCUCCUGCGGCUGCUCCCCUGCCGGCACUUUGAGCCGCGGCACCAGCCGCGCCCGCCUCGGCAGCGAGGCGCCGCAGCUGGAGCUCGGCCCGGCCGCGCCCGAGUCGAGCCGAGCGGCGCGCCCGGCGGGACAAACCCGCCUCCUCCUGGAGGCGGCCCUGCUAUCGGAGGAGCUGCCUCCUCAGGGCCCCCCGACUGUGCCGCGCGCCACCGCCUACGAAAGGCUGUGCGGCGGGGGGGCGGUGACGCCGACGUCACACUCCUGCCACACGCUCAGCGGCUGCAAGUGCAGUGGCCACAGCUGCCACCCUCACCAUCACCUGUUCCUGCAUUUGCCUCAGGAGGGGGCCCCGGUUCCGGCGGAAACGGCCCCUGAUCCUAUCCCCAUCCCGACGCCUGCAGCCGAGAGGAAACCAGAGGUGCGCUCGCAGGCCUGCAGUCCAACCAUGACAUGGCUGAGUGAGGAGAGGGCCGUCGAGGAGGAGCUGAGCAUCAUUUCUUUCGCCACGGCGGGCGCCGCCCCCUCAGAACCACGUCUGUUCCCAUCGUCUCUACCUGCCGCGCUCCCUCCGCUACGAGCCGACACACCAGGGGAGGUACCCAAGACGCCCGCAGAGCCCCACACCUGCCAGCCCCCCGCUACAGCUCCCCUCCCAGAGAGGCAGGACGCCACAGUGGUGGACAUCGAGGAGGAGGAGGAGGAGGAUGGGGACGACGCUGAAGGAACACGUGAAGAAGACGGGUACUCCCCUCAGCUCUGCCACUGGAGUCGCUACUUCCUCGUGGAUCUGUUGGCUCUGGCGAUGCCGGUGGGCCCCACCAUGGCGUGGCUGUGUCGAGGCGCGUCGCGGGAGGUCCUGCCGGUGUACCACAUGGGCUCCCUGCUGAGAGGCUGCUGCGCCGUGGCCCUCCACUCACUGCGCCGCAGGGGCCGCAGGCCCACCAGCAUGAAUGGGACGACAGCCAUCUGAGGGGUCAGGAGGACCCACAGCAACGCCGGCCUCAUGGCGCUUUGCUCAUUGUUGGAUACAUCUCCUCUCUUAAGAUUUCUCGAUUUGACAUCCUGUCCUCGUGAUUCCGUGUUCAUGCCUUAGAGAACAAAUGAUUAGUCGUACUUUAUUUCAUUACUCAGAUAUACUUACUGCUGCCGCCUGAGGUUUAAAUUGUGUUCUCUUUGUUGGGCUCUGCAUGUCACUCACAGACUGGUUGGGUUCUCUUGCUUGAAUUUUUUUUUUAAAGCCUUGUACUGGAUUUAGAUGACACCCUCCGGGCAAAGAUAUGCAAUUUGUUUUAUGAAAAUAAGCAGAAGAAAAAUGGUCUGUUGAAUGCUCCUCCAUUUUCAAUGUCACAUUAUUUUUUUAAUUGUUAAAAAGAGAAUGGGAGAGUUAAUUCCAUUACGGCCAGUGUUUAUCUGACUAGUGCAGAAGCAGUUAAUAUAUUUAUAGAGUGUGAAUGCAGCAAAGUCAUUUUCACCCGUGAAAAUAUUGAAUGUGGUGGAAAGCAUGUUGGGACUUUUACCUUUUGGAACGCGUGCGCAUCUAAUCUGGUUAUGAGGCGCAGAAACAACUAAUCACUGAUAUGUUUUGCCAAAACCAACACAGGGGGAGUUUAAACCUGCAGACGAUGUAUGAUGAUGAUGAACCUGAGGGGACAUUCAUCCUCAAUACUGACUAAUAUUUAUUCUGUCUUGCUAAAAUAAUGAACCUGAAUGAAAAAUAAAAAUAUCUGCAGUUUACAAAAUAAAUAUACAAAACAGAUAAAACGCCAAACAAAGCACUUUAUGCUCAAAGCUGUUCAGCAGGACGGACUUAAUUCUAUUACAGUUCUAACGAUAGAUCGUGAGCCACACAGCUGAAUGAAUGAAGGACUUGGAUGAGCAGUUUUGUUUCCUGACUUUAAGAAGAGAUGACUUUUUGAUACGGUGAUAUUUUCUAAUUGUACAUGAUCUUUGCACAGCUGAAAGCAACGAUUCAAAGCUCCCACAGUACUGUUUAGCAGUUUAUAAUGAUGUAUUCAUCAUUGUUACUCAUCUUCCAAAGGCCCUUUUGUGUGUCGACUGAAAUGGCUCACGUGUAACUAUAAACUGAGGUACAAUGUGCAUGGUUACCAAUGUCAGCCUUAUCCUGCAAACAGAGCAAUGUUUUAGCUCUCAGGGAUCUUUCCAAUAAGGUUUUGCUGAUUCAGCUUAAAACAGGAAUAUAAAAAAAAAACUUCAAUGGAAAAUAAAGCGUAAUAUAUCUAUGGUUGGAGGGAGGCAUAUUGGAAUGUUGGAACAUUCUACUUAUUUUCAAUUUGGAUUAUAUUUCCUUCAUGUUAAAUUGCUCAAUGUGUCACUUAUCAUUGUCCAUGUGAAACUAACCCUGCCAUCAGCUUGUAUGUACAUGCCCAUUAAAUGAUUAACUCUAUACUAUUGCACAAGAAACAGAAAAUUGCAAAAAUACCAUGGCUAUUUCCUCUAGGAAAAUAAAAUGCUUCUAAUGUU